AUGCAUAAAAUAUGCCCCUUGGACAACCAUUAAUUGAAUAACCUUUUAUCCAUAGAACUCAUUUUAUACUUUGCUCAUGGAGCUCCAAUUACCUUUCUCCUUCCCAAUGCUUGUAACUUUCUUCGUCUUCCUGUUUAUGGUUCUAAACAUAUUGAAAAGAUCAGCAACCGUAAACUCUGCUUCAAAACUACCACCAGGACCCUGGAAACUACCUAUCAUAGGAAACAUGCACCAAAUGAUUGGGUCUCUACCGCAUCGUACAUUAAGAGACUUGGCCAAGAAAUAUGGACCACUGAUGCACCUGAAACUUGGUCAAGUUCCCACCAUAGUCGUUUCAUCGCCAGAGUUUGCCAAACAAGUUAUGAAAACCCAUGAUAUUGCCUUUGCUUCCAGGCCCCAGAUUCUUUUUUCAAAGAUAAUGGCCGCCGGUUCUACAAGUAUAACUUUCGGACCCUAUGGAGAGUAUUGGAGACAACUUCGAAAAAUUUGCACACAGGAGGUUCUGAGCAUUAAACAAGUUCAAUCUUACCAACCCAUUAGAGAAGAAGAGCUAUCAAAUCUUGUUCAACUCAUUGGCUCACAUUCUGGUUCUGCUGUUAAUCUUACUGACAUGAUUUACUCCUCCACAUAUGGCAUUACUUCGAAAUCAGCUUUUGGUAAGAAAAGUAAAGAACAAGAAAGAUUUGUAUCGGUUAUUGCGGAAGUUCUAGAGGCUGCAGCAGGUUUCAAUAUUGUAGAUCUGUUUCCUUCUGUUCAUUUGCUUUCUCUGAUCAGUGGAAUGAGAACUAAACUUGAAAGGCUGCAUCAAGAGGCUGAUAGCGUGUUGGAAACCAUCAUCAAUGAACACAAAGAGUCCAAGGAAAGGCAAAAAGUUCAUGGGGCUGAGGCAGAAGAUGUUGUUGAUGUUCUUUUGAAGUUUCAUGACCGUGGUGAUCUUGAUCAGUUUUCACUAACUAUUGAUAAUAUCAAAGUAGUGAUCCAGGAUAUCUAUGGUGCAGGGAGUGAGACAUCAGCAAAUACUGUAGAUUGGGCAAUGUCAGAAAUGAUUAAGAAUCCAAGAGUGAUGAAGAAAGCACAGGAUGAGGUUAGGGACGUGGUUGGCAGAAAAGGCUUUGUUGAUGAAACAAGUGUUAAUGAGAUGAAAUAUUUGAAGUGCGUUACUAAAGAAGUUCUGAGAUUACACCCUCCAGCUCCAUUGUUAAUUCCAAGGGAAUGCAGGGAGAGAUGUGAGAUUAAUGGGUAUGAAAUCCCUGUCAAAGCCAGAGUGAUAGUAAAUGCAUGGGCAAUUGGAAGAGAUCCGAAAUAUUGGGCCAAUCCUGAGAGCUUCUAUCCAGAGAGGUUCAUUGAUAGCUCUGUGAAUUUCACAGGUGCAAAUUUUGAGUAUAUCCCAUUUGGUGCUGGAAGGAGAAUUUGCCCUGGUAUGGCAUUUGGUGUUAUCAAUGUUGAGGUUCCACUUGCAUAUUUGUUAUACCAUUUUGAUUGGAAACUCCCAAAUGGAAUGAAACAUGAAGACCUGGACAUGACUGAGAGAUUUGGCAUUACUGUCAGAAGAAAACAGGAUCUGCAUUUGAUUCCUUUGGCUUACUGUCCUUCACCUUUUGAAAAUCCCAAACCCCAUGGUGAAAACUAAGGACCUUGUUUUUUUUGAAAUUAGCUACUUUUAAUUUGUUUCUUCCAUGUUUAUGAGAAUGGUUUAUCAAAAUUUGGGAGAACAAUGUAGCCUGAGAAUGCUAUUAAUACUUGUUAGCUAUUUAGCUUUUAAUCACCAUGUUAUUUUCUCAUAGGACUGUCUACUUAUAAAGUAAGUGUUUUUCUAUAAAAAGUGAUAAAGUGGUAUUCUCCACUUCAAUGUUAAAAAAUAAUAAUAAUAAUGAUAAUAAUAAGGUGUGGUUUGGUA